CUGUGAUUCUAUUGUACAGCGGAAUAACCAUAUCAUGACAUCAUCCAACAUGGCGGACGAACGUGAUGUAAACAAAGCCAAACUCCGAGAAGUAGAGAGAACAUCACUGGCUUCUGAUUAUGACCCUGAAAAGCUUCGAAUUAAUCUUCUAAACCGUACUAAACCUGUGGUUUUUAAUGGAGCAGCUUCGCUAUGGCCCUGUUCUCGAUGGAGCCCGGAAUUUUUGGCGUCCGAACUUGGUGACCUUAGAACAAAGUUUCGUUUUUGUGUUCGUGAGAAGUCGUCCUCAAAUGAAAAUGGUUUCAAAAGAGCAAUUAUGGAAACAGAGUGCGAAUUCGAGGAGGCGACCUUCCUAGAGUUUGUUCAAUGGGUCGAUGGCUUCUCAGAAAAAUCGGGACUUUUGUCGCGUUUCCAAAGGUAAUCACUUUCAGGCAUUGUUAAUAUAAUAAUCUCAUGUCCUAUGAUAUCCGGUUGAAUUUGUAGGGUGUGUCGCAUUAUAUUCAAGUCCAGCAGUCGUCUCAGUUGAUCUUGACCUUUAUCUUACAUAACAAAAACAAACAACUUAUCUUGUGCCUCUCUGGUGCUUAAUAAACGUGCAACAAAAGCACGCUGUCCUGGCCUAUCUCAAUAUUGGUUGCCCUCUCCUUUGUAAUUAUUUUAAUUAGCGUUGAAAUAUUGCUUGAGUGUAUUAUCAACAAAAUUAAAUCGGCUAACGUAUGGGAAAUAACAAUUAACGGUGAAUACCACUGAAAUUAUUUAAAGAUAAGUAUGUAUUUAUAUUGGCCGGGUUGUUAUCGGACUGGACAAGUCGACAGGAUGACACUGAUUAGUGGAGAACAAUGUUAAUAUAUUCCACCUGUUAUUUCAUAAUUGUAUUGUCAAUUUGCAUAUAUCAACACGGCUGAGAUGGUUUUCUUUGAGUUGAGCGCCAAAACGUGACUAGAUUGAUGUCUGUAUAUAAAGGACUCAAGUAUUGAACACUAGAGAUUUAUCUGGAUUCUUAAUGAAUAAUCAUUCAUAAAGGCUGAGACAGGAAGACAAAGACAUUUCUAGAAAUAAAAACAGGGCAGAAUUCUUAAUCUAAUGAACUAAUUUUGGACGACAUUCUUCAAAUGUCUACCUCCUAUAACUGUACUGAAGCUUACUGAAUCUUGCAUAGAGUACACUGUCAAUAAAAGACCAAUGUUGGGAAAAAAAACUUCAACUGGUUUCAAUUUAUAGAUCAAAUAUGAGCAUGCAAUAAUAUUACUGUCCUUACUAGGCAUGAAUAAAUAGAAAGUAUUGCAUCAGAGUUAUAUUUUUUUUGCAUGUAAGGCCCUGAUUCUAUUUUUGCCUUCCUUUCCUUUGUCUGCGAAUCUAUGGAAACUAAAGAUCCCAAAAUGGGGUAGUAGAAAAACGACAAAAAAAGGAAAGAAAAGAAAAAGAAAAAUAGGAAAGAACAAAAGGAAGGUAUAAACGUUCUAUUUACAUUAAAUUCAGCAACGUGGAGACUCUUCUGGGUCUACUGGCUGUUCCUUUACCUCUUAUAUACGUUACUUACUUUACCGUACUAAUUGCUUGAGCCUCCUCACAUUAUAGGGAGCAUAAGGUCUGUCAACAAUCUUACGAUAUAAAUCAAGAGAAUUUCUAUAAAAAUCUUUUAAGACCAAUUCAGGGUACUCUCAUGACCUUUUAGCCUGGUUUUAAUUUGUGGGGAAAUUCUGAGAAUAAAAAUGAUUUCACUCUUUCCGGACUGUCUCAGAUUUUACUGAUAUGUCAGACAAAUCCAAGAGUCUGUCGCACAUGUCAUUCUAUUUUCCAAUGUGAGUGUGAAGACUGGAACCAAGCAAUAAAGGUAUCUUGUUAUCAACCUGCAACCAUUACUUGCAGGUCUCUGACAUUCAGAGGGUACAAAAUUGAGUUGAAAAAAGUCAUGAAUGAUUGAUAACUAUUACAGAAAUCUGGUAUAUGUUGCAAAUUUGUCCUCAAUAUUCUUAGACAACAAAUAGAGAGGAGAAGUCGUUACGUCAUGUUGCCUUGGUAGCGAAAUUUCUGGAUAACAACAAUUCAAAACCUCACUUAAAAAGUGUAUUUGGACUGUUUCAAUCUUAUCGAUCUCAUUCAAUUUUAUUUAAUUUGUUAAAUGUUGGCGACAUUUUUUGGUGUUGAAUCCGAAAGGAACGUACUUAAGUGUAGAAAAAGAAAAAGAAAAUCUCUGUGUUGUGUUCACCUACUCCAUAAAGCAGGUGCAUGAAAUUAGGAGGUUUCAUGUCGUAGUCGUGCAACAAUGGCUAAGAAAUGUGCAAAAAAGCGUGAUGCACGUGCAGUUGUGCAGUUGUUGUUUGCUAAUUUACACCUAGUAUUUUUGUUGGGCUUUCCUUGUUGCCCUCGUCGUUGUUGUUGCUUAACCCUUUAAGCCCCAAUAUCCACAAGCAAAUUCUCCAAACUGAUUUCUAUACAUUUCUUUAAAGAAUAAGCUGAGAGAAUUUGAGAAAAGAUCAAAGCAUUUUCUCUUUGGUGAUCAUUUAAUUAAUUCUCAGAACCUAAUCUCUUGACGUUGUAUAGAUAUCGUUAGGAGAAAAUUGAUGUUGGUCACUAUUGGGACUUAAAGGGUUAAGCUCCCUAUUGUUGUGGUCCAGCAAUUGUGCUACCAUGGCAAUGUGAUGUCACACUUCUCCUCUCCACUGAAAAUGUCUGUUAUUUGGUUUAUCCAGCUAAGGUAUAAUUAUAAUUAUAAUUAUAAUUGUAACAAUUAUAAUUAACAAUUAUAUUAUUAUACCGGUCCUUUCCUUGGCUUUUGGUUGUUGUGUUAAAAAUGGAUAAAAAAAGAUUUUGUUACAUUUUCAGAGACAGCUACUGGUGCUAUGCAGAUUACAAAUACAUGGCAGAAUUGUUCAGAGACUUUCCACACCUUCGUCGAUCAGUCAAAUGGGACAGUUUUGGAUUUCCACAAAGAAGUGGUGAUGAAUCAACAAUUUGGAUUGGGAGUGCUGAAGCAUCAACACCUUGCCAUGUUGAUACCUAUGGUUGUAAUUUAGUGGCUCAGAUUUAUGGACAAAAGAAAUGGACUCUGUUUCCACCUGAAGAAACACCAAAGUUAUAUCCAACAAGAAUACCUUAUGAAGAGUCCAGUGUAUUUAGUCAAGUUAAUAUUGACAAUCCAGACCUUAGUAGAUUCCCUGCAUUUGCAAGUGCUGUUCGAUAUGAGGUAAUAACAAUAUUAUUAAUAAUAAUAAUAACAAUAAUAAUAAUAAAUAAUGAUAACAAUGAUAAUGGUAUAUUUAACAGGUGGCUCUUCCCUGUUAAAUUACAUUAAAAAUAAAUUAUGUUAAUGACAAAUCAAGUCCAUUAAUUAAGCUAGUAAGCUAAUCUGUUCUUAUGGCUUUUAAUACUUUUGUUUUCUUAUGGCAGGUGACCCUUGCGCCAGGUGAUGUUCUAUUUGUUCCUAAGAAAUGGUGGCAUUAUGUGCAGUCAUUAGACACCUCCAUUAGCAUCAAUACAUGGAUUGAACUGGUAAGUCUUUGCCAUAAUCAAUCUGAUAUGGACAGUUAAAUGUGUUUUACUGACCAGGCCCUAAAAUACACAUACAAAUUCUCCAGACUGGUCUUCAUACAUUUCUUUAAAGAAUAUGGUUGAGGGAAUUUGAUAAAAGGUCAAAGUAUUUUCCCUUUGGUCUCUUAAUUAACCCCUCUAUAACAAUAAUGUUAUAAAAGCAGUACAAACAAUAAUAUUACUUCAUUGUAUUCAUCUGAUCUUUAUCUGAUUUUUUUACUGUUAACUUCAUUUUUUUCUUGUGUAGGAAAGUGACCACAUUGAAAGAGUCAGAGAAGCAAUUAUCAAGACUUUGGUGUGUACAAAACUCUGGAAGGUUUUUUUUAAAACCAAGUAAAGAUGUUAAGUCAUAAUAGUCAGACAGUGACAACAUUUCCAAACUUUCCUGUCAAUUUGUGCUAGGUGUGUGCCUUAAAAAAUGAGGAAGGAGCUGAUGAAUCAGUGUGGGUCAAUCCUUCUGAGGUGAGACAAUUUUGUAUUUUGUCUUCCAGACUUCGCACCUCCACCUUCACAACUUUGUAGUUUAAAAAAAAUCUCCAUUUUUCAGGUUUGAUUUAAAUGGUAAUAGUAACAUAGGACGUUGUCCACAGACUCAAAAGUUAGUGAAUGAUAUGUUUUCUUUGUACUAAGUUAGUUUAUUGGGAGCAAAGUACGGAGGGUAAGUAGCUUAAUCGAGGUCAAACUUGUGUACAUUUACAUGUAAACGUUACAUAAAGUUUUCUGGAACUUCCUCAACAGUCAGCUAAUGUACGUUUAAAAAAGGUUGAGCUCCAGUCUGUCACGAGGGCAUUAGCAUCUAUGAUCUAGUUAGUUGUUUUGCAAUGUCAAAAGGUCCAGCACCAGCACCCUAAUCAAUCAGCCUUGCAUCUCCCGUUAAAAUAAUUUAUGUCUCUGAAUUUUAUUUUCAAUCCAGGACAUAGGAACAUAUAGACAGAACAUGGAAUACUUACAUCAAGCUCUGAGUGCUGUCAAACAGAGGGAACAUGAAAAUGCAGAGAGGGCCAUGAAAAACAUCAAGGAACCACUUUGUAGCCUAGAAGAAACACAACAGCGAGUCCUUAAUGAAUACAAAGAUAAACUAUGCACUGAUGAUCUUAUACACUGCAUAACAACUCCUGAUGUUGUUGAUCUUCUGAUGGAAAAAUUACUAGGGAAAUUUGGGAUUUCUCAAAUGUGUAGCUUACCUUUGAAAUCCUCUCCACGUGAUGAGAAGGUUUGCUCUGUGGACAAAAUACCAUCUUCAACAAUUCCUAGUGAAGGAGGUGGUCUUCACAAGACAUCAGAGGGACAGGAAGUUGAAAAGCACCUGCCAUGUAAACGGAAGUGUGUAGACAAAUAAAACUGGUAUUUAAUACCUUGAAUACAAUUAUGGACAAAGUAAUCAACUAUUCAAUUCCUUGGGAAACCAAAGCGUACAGUCCAUAUUUUCACAAUUAUUAAUAUGAGGCAAGUGUGGACAAAAACCCUUUAAGAGUCUUGAUUCCAUGUUAAAUUCCUCCUUUGCCUUUCAAGCAAACAUGCUGAGUUCAUCAAUAACGUAAGGUUGUUUGUUUAUUGAUGCCAGUAACUGUUGGCUUCAAUUCAAACUAAGGCAUUUGACCAAAGUUAGAAAAAGAACUUUUCAAAGUGAGCCAUUUGUAGCACCAUGACAGUAGGAUUAAAAAUAAUGCAAUAAGCAGAGUCCCAGUCAAUGAGGUGGUUUGUCUGUCAAAACAGUUAUGAGCAAUAAAAAUAAAUACACGUGGCAUUUCAAAAGUAAAUAACUUGAAUGUGGUAAAAGGUAGACUGUAAACAGAUCAGGGCUAUUGCGAAGAUUAACUUUCAAGUUGCUGGGUACCUGCAAUUAGAAGCGGGGGAAUUCAACGUCUAGGAAGCUCUUUUGGUACUAUUUUUCUUUUGUUUCCUAUAAAAGUAGCAGCUGAUCAUGCUCAUAGUAGCUGGCAGAAAUCCCUGGCCCCUGGCACUUAAUAAGGAGCUUAAGCAACAAUGACGGGGACGGCUAUGAAAACGUCACUUAAAAAGUGAAUUCACCCUGCCUCAAACUUUAUCA